GUCGCCUCAGUGCCAUCGUAAAUUUAGCAGGGGACACCAGGUUGUGCUGAUGUCAUGUAGUUAGACGUAUUACCGGUUAGGUGAAAUCAUCUCUGUAAAUACUACCCUGCAAAGCCUGUCAGUAAGGUCACCUAAUGAGCAUCGUGCUAGGUCUAUUCUUUGAUUCCCCCAUGUACAAGCUACCUUUCACACCAAGAGGAAGCCUUUAAUUGAAUCGACAACGGCAACGAAACUGCACAUAAAUGUGCAUUCGCCGUUUCCAGAUCGUUUUAAACCGCUGCUUGGAUCACAGACGACGACAGGGAUCGCUGGGUGUUGUCAUGAAGAUUUGCUGACCCAUAGGUGCCAGCGUGACACCUGUUUUGUAUCCGUUGUGCAGCAAAGCGACCACUUGUAGUAAGUUGUACCCCUGGCUGACAUGUGCUGAUAAAAGGCAGCAAGGAUCAGCUCUAUCUCUCUCCAAGACCCAAAGGAAGUGUUCUUCACAACUUGUCAACACAUAUCAUAAUAUGUUCCGGCAACAAUAAACAAGAUGUGCAUGGAUGGAACCCCGGCGGUGGAAAUAUUGAAAUUUUGCUGACACCUCGGAGAAUCCCGGAAGCAGUUCGCAGCCCAGCUGCAGUCUAGUCUAAGUCCUGCCAUAUACGGUCCUUCCUGCAUUGUCAAGGUGGACAGGUUGAUAGCUAAAUUGUUAUAAUGUACCAGCCGACACAUAACACAGACCAGAGCGCCAAGAUGCGGAGGAUACUGCCUUGCAGAACUGUUUUGCAGAUCCUGGUGUUGUUUUGCCUCGGACAUGUCUCAGCACAAAUCACGGACACGAGACCGCUAUGGGUGACAGAAGAUUUGGGCCCCGAUAUGAAGUCGUUCUCGGACAGCAUGCAGCCUUUAGACUACCACGAACUUCUCCUGGACGAGCAACGGGAUCUGAUCUACAUCGGCGCGCGGGGGCGCAUCUACUCCAGACGACUCAGCAACCUGGGACAGCCCACACAGCAGAAUAUCCAAGAGUCUCUCCAGUGGGAAUCCUUAGAGCAGGACAAGGACCUCUGUGGGUUCAAGGGCAAGGACAAGGAGAAAGAGUGUCACAACUUUAUCCGGGUUCUGCUGUUUGCUGGGCAGGAUUCUCUCUUUGUCUGUGGAACCAAUGCAGCCGACCCGAAGUGUGCCUACGUACCACGUAAUCUGGCUAUUACUGUUGAAGAGCUGCGCAGAAGGAGUGCACCAGGAAACAGCAUCUGCCCGUUCGACCCCAAGCAGAGAGCUACAGCUACAUUUGUUGGUGAUGCCCUGUUCUCGGCAGAGUUCUCAGACUUCACGGCCAGCCUUCCCCUGAUCUCCCGCCGACCAGCCAACCUCACCAGCACAGUACCUCGUGUUCUCACCACCGUUAAGGACAGGGACUCCAAAUGGUUCAAUGAGCCAGAGUUUGUGUCUGUGUAUGCACCCCCCAACCCUCCCACUCCCCUGGAUGAGAAGGUGUACUUCUUCUUCCGGGAGGUUGCAGUGGAACAUGCCAUCGUGGGCAGGGCCGUGUACUCCAGGGUAGCACAGGUCUGCAAGAAUGACCAGGGAGGCACCACCCACUACCUGGGCGGGUUUUUCACCACCUUCCUGAAGGCCAGGAUCGACUGCUCCAUCCCUGGAAAUGUGCCUUUCUACUUUGAUGAAAUACAGGGCACAUUUGUUUUUGAUGAAGGUGGCAGAGAAGUAAUAUAUGGAGUCUUCACAACACCAGAGAACAGCGUGUUAGGCUCUGCUGUCUGUGUGUACAGCAUCUCUGACAUCCGCCAGCUGUUCUCCAUGGGACAGUUCAAGAGGAAGAUGGCCGACUCCUUAGCGUGGACCAGGGUCAUGCAGAGCGAGGUGCCGGACCCACGACCUGGAAAGUGCCUGAGGUGUAACAGCACCUGUGACCAGUACGAGGACACCUACAAGUUUGCGCGCUCCACACCCCUGAUGGACCCCUCGCUGAGGCAGCUGCCCGAGCAGGAGGGGCAGCCCCUGCUCAGCAAACUGGGCGUCCGCUUCACCCAGCUCGUCGUGCACCGAACCCGCACAUCCAAUGGCAUCUUCAACGUGCUCUUCAUUGGGACAGACAACGGCACCCUGUACAAGUCAGUGGAGCAGGUGGUGAGCAACCCGUCGGGACCCAGGAGUGCUCAGCUCGUGCAACAGAUCAACGUCUUUCCGGCAACCCAGGAAAAAAUAACAACACUGAAGCUGUCAAAGGAAAAGAAAGCCAUCUACAUCGGCUCCAACUCCGGAGUGCGCAUGCUGCCCCUGCACAACUGUGGGGCGUACACGUCGUGCGUGGCCUGUGUGUCGGCCAGGGAUCCUUACUGUGGCUGGAGCAGGUCUCAGGCCAGGUGCACUGCUGUGGACAUGGACAGUGACCAGUCAUUGCUCCAGGACGUUCUCAUGGGAGAUGCUCUAAGGCAAGGCUGCAGAUGUGAAGCUGGCUCAGGAUCAAAAAGGCGACGCUGGAGAGGUAACGGUGACUCCCCCAGACCCCAGCACAACGUGACCCACGGGUCGGACCUGUACGUGUCCUGCAGUCCUGAUGACACGGUGGACAUCACUGAUGUACGGUGGACAGGGCCGGACAGCCUGCUGAGCAGGGCGAUCAGGAAGGAUAGUUAUAUCAUUCUCAGACAGGUGGAGACGUCAGGUGAGAUCACCUGUGCCCGUAAGGAGAACGGCUGCGAGAUGACGACGGUCCACAGGAUCAACAUCCAGGUGGAUGAGAACUCCGCCCGCUGUACCUUAGAGAGCGACAUGUGCGUGAACAUGCUCGCCCAACAACAGAAGGCCUGCUGUCUUCUGGAGUCAGCGCAGAACGUCCUGCUCAACUGCAGUGCCAAGAUGACGGUGACAAGCUUCAACAGGCUGCUCCCGAGGGCGUGUCAGGUCAGGGCACCUCUCGGCACCCAGCCCGAGGAUCCCAGCCAGCAGGCCUGCUGUUUGACGUUCGACGAUCUGCCCGUGUCGAAGCCCGCGGCUCGGAACGUGCAGGCGGGUUCAUCCGCGUGGAAGGGCAUCGCUGUCACGCUGAUGGUGCUGAUCAUCUUAGCCAUCCUAGUGGCUCUGUUCCUGAUGUGGAAGAAAAACAAAAUCCAGGUGCCUUGUGAUGGGGAGGACAACAACGUGGAAGAGAAGCCGCACAAGUCCUCGGACAGGAAGUACUUCCCCAAAGGCCCAAGAUGGAGCAUCAAACGUUUGCUCAGUCGGUCGGAGGCGGACGGAACAGACGCAAGGGUAAAGUGGCAGAGGCCUAACGGCACCACACAGGAGACCAUAGAUGAGGAUGACAACGUCUCUAAUGUUGUUGAGGCCAACAAAAACUUCAACGCCUCCAAUAACAAGAUUCCCGAACAGCAAGCCCUGAUGAGGGAACUUAACAGAAGCUUAAAGAGAGCGGACGAUAGCCCACAGGUCGUGAGAGAAAGUCUCAUGCCAAUAGACAACAGUAAGCUAGACGAGUUAGAAGCUAUGGUGGCGUCACUCGACAAAGAAGGGAGUCCAUCCACAAACAGAGACCACUCAAAAGGCCUGGUAUCUUCAGACAGUAUGCACAGCAUCACAUUGGACAUGCCGGACAACGGGGACACGUCAGAGGCAUGAGCGAAAAACUUCACAUCACUAAUAGCAAGCAUCAAGGUCCGAUCUGGCUUCUUAUGGUCAAGCACAAUUUCUUAUAAUGGCAUCCCCAUUGCAAAUGCAAGUUUAACCGGAAUUUGGCAAAAUGGUACACAAUCAUGUAAGGUAUCAUUAUACUACAUGUCUCUGCAUCAUGUGCCGUAAUGUGGUGUUGGGUGUUUGGCCCAGAACUUUGAGGUACUGGAUUCAAGUCUCCUGACAUGAAACUGAUGUCGUGCCUUCAGGAAAGGCACUCUUCAUGACUUUCCUCACUCCACCCAGGUGUAAGAAUGGGCGCCUAGCUUCAGGAGGGAAAAGGCGGUGGAAGGAGAGGAUUGGGCUCCGCCUUAAACUUCCCGGACACAGUGGAUAACAACCCACUGCCUCAUACGGCCACAAAAAGGCUAUGGAACUACAUUUGCCUGACCUUUACACAAUAUAUGCAAAAUAUUAUCCUUCGUGCUAUUUAGUGCAUACUACAUCACUGUUAUACUAGCUGUCCGAAAGCCAGCAACUCUCUCCAGUCUCUGCUUAGAGAGAAUACUGCAACAUUCCAGUGAUGUGGAAACAAGCAAAGUAGGCAAUGAGAUUACUUGUAAAUCAAUUCUUUCACCAAUGCAAUGACUGUAAGUAACAUUCCAUUUGAUAGAAUCACAACCAAUGACUCUAGUUCCAUUUGCUGGUUUUGCGAUUCGAAAAUAAGUACCGGAUGCUGACCUAGCAGAUCAAGUAAUAUGCCUUUUUACUUUGAGUAUGGCAUAACGUACAAAAAAAUCUUUAUUAUCCAUGAUUGUGUUUUAUGUUUCCAUGACAGCUCCUCACUGCCAUACAUGUUUUUAAACAUGUUAGACCUUCAGUAUGCUAAGGUUGCCAUUUGGCACCAAAGCUGUAUUGGCUAUGGGGUUAGGAAGAAGGUUAAGAGGUCAAUUAUAAUAAUUGUGUUUUGUUAGUGUUUUUUUUUUUAAUACAUGUACAAGGGAUGCAUCGAUACUGUAUAUAUAUCGUACUGUCAAAGCAGAGGUUUCGCUCUGGCUGUUUUUUUGUAGGUUUUCAAUUUUGUGUCAUUUUUGUAAUGUCCGCGAGAUUGGCUGGCAGACAUGAAAUAGAAAACCCAACUAAAGCGCCUAAAAUCAAAUCAAAAAAGAGCCAGAGUCAAAACCUGUGCUUAGAGAGUAAAUAUCUGGGUGAGUGCCCAGUGACCACUGAGUGAUGUUUAUGUGAACAUCGUGCUGCUGUGUCUUUUCAUUGCCAUAAGUGAUCAGAUCUUCAUGCCUGGCCAAAUGGUCGGUGUGUACUGUGUGAGAUAUUGUACAAAAACUGUAAAUAUGAUUUAACCAUUUGUUUUGUAAUGAUGAUGAAGUUGUAUGGACGCUUGUAUAGGCUUAUGUAUUGUGAUUAUUGUCAAUUGUUUGAUCAUGAUGAAAUAGACUGCAAGUCCUUGUGAAACUAAAUUACGACACUUAGAUACAACUACUACUGUUCAUGUUUAUGUUUUACAUACAUUGUAUUGGUUAAAUGUAAUCAAAAACUGUUGUGUUGUAUUCUGCUAAUUUCUAGUGUCAUUGGUGUCACACUGGCACUUAAACAUUCCAAACUUAUCACAUUUCCAGUGCACAGAGUGCUGUUAAAGUAACUACCAGCUUUUGAAGUUGUUGUUUUUCCUUUUCCACAGACCGUAAGAUAUCUAGUGCAAUGUAACUCCAUACUGUGGAGAAGCCUCCAGGUGGCUUUAUACUUAUUAUAGCUGUUAGACUUUGCAUAUCAUAACCUAAAUGGUCAUAGAGUCUGGAAUGGUUGAUGAGGCCACAUUAAUGAAAUUCUAUGAUGGCUAAUUUUUAGUUAUUCGCAGCUAAAUUUAAAUUUCUGUAAUCGCUGGUUAUUGUUUGUUUUUCAAAAUGGAGGAAAACAAAAGAAAAACCGGAACGUCAGUUAAAACUUUUUUUUGUAAGCAGAAGACUUUAAAUUUGUUGGUCCUAACGAUAUGUAUUUUGUGGAUGUAAAUCUCUGUAUUUGUAAACUAAUUCAUCUUGUAUUUUGAAAAAAAAUCAAGAAAACACCCCUUUCUUUUAACUCAAGACUUACAUAUCAAGGUGUUGAGGUUUUGGAGGGUGUCAUCCAAAGAAAUUCAUCAUCAUCAUCAUCAUGCCAGGGUGUCUUCACUCAUAAGGAGGAAGCCCUCCCUUGACUGACUCCAGUCUUAAGAAUGGACAAUUCUAUAACAAUGUAGGGUUAGCAUGUUGUAAACAAGAAUGAUUUGGACCACUGGUGAUGGUGGCGUCCUUUGCAGAUUCCUAGUAGUGUGCAUGGGGUUUUAUUUUUUUGCUGGAGCGCUGAUUCACAAUUUUUCACAUGGGCUCAAGUUCUCGAAUGCCGGGAGAGGAAAUUCUGGUGGCCCAAACUCUUCCGGCAAACUUUCUCUCCUGGCAUUAGCUAACCCUAGUUCAUGUUGAAAAUCAUGAAUCAACGCUCCUCCCAGAGAUAAGAACCAGGGCUACAAGUUAGACAUUUGCAGAUGAGGCUAUGGUGAUGGCAGGUUUACAUGAUAUAGCUGUGAUCAUGUGAUAAAAAGAGUUAGCAUAAGAUUAGGUACAUGACAUUACAGUUAAACAAGAAGCUAUUUUAACAUUCAAUUUGGUACAAUUGUAUAUUUAGAAACUUGUCACAAAGGCUCUUUAGGAAGAACUGCAGUUCAUAACAUGUCCUCUAGAUGGCGCCUUUUAGAAAAAGUGGAACUUAUGUAUUUAGUUGGAUACUGAAAAUUAUUUGUACACAAUUGUAUCUAUAUAAAACAAGACUUCACACCACAUUGCAUUUCCAAAGUAUAGCAAGGUAGAUCCCCAGGACUACUUGAAGCCCCAGAAUAAAAAAAACAAACAUGGAUCUUUCACACCAUACAUUUUGUGUUUGCUAUAGACUUUUGAUUUUGGGAAAAGAUAUGUAGUUUUUCUGGCUUUUUGGUGUGCAAUGACAGGCUUUGUCUUGAAGGAACUUUGUCAUGAACUGUUUUUAUCUGCCAUAACAGCU